GCGUGCCCGCUGCAGCCGCCGCGCGUGCCGGAGCCCGUCGGUCCUCCGGAGCUCGGCGUGGUGCUGUCUCUCUCUGCUGUCCGCCUCCCAGCGCUCUGCCGCGGCCGCGGACCCAGACCCAGACCGGGACCCGGCCCCGGACCCUGCAGACCCUCACAGCCGCGACACGGCGGCCCCCGGCCGGCCUCGAUCCCGCCGCGGAGCCGGCAGGUGAGGUGGCGGAGCGGAGCGGCCCGGCCGCGCACGAGCGCUCCGGCGCGGCCCCGCGGGUUCACGGAGCGCAAACCCGGAACGGAAUGAAACCCUGACGAAAAAAAAAAAAAAAAAGCAAGUGCGACACACAACAAACCCAUGCUCAUCCCGCUCAGGCCCGGUCCAGACCUACCGGGGCCGCACCGGAACGACCGGACCCGUUCCAGACCUACCGGGGCCGUGCCAGACCCACCGGGACCGCACCGGAACUACCGGACCCGUUCCAGACCUACCGGGGCCGUGCCAGACCUGCCGGACCAGCUCCAGACCCACCGGGGCCGUGCCGGAUCUCCUGGGCCCGGGCCGUCGGAGGGAAGGGGGUGAGGAGGGGGUCCUGCCCCCCCAGAGGAAGACCAGCUGCUCUCACGCCCAUUUCAGCCCGUCGAGCCCGCGGAAGCAGCCCGGACCGGCUCGCACGCACGCGCGCGGCGGACACACGCGCCCGCUGUCGGAUGGAGCUCCGCGGGAGGAGGCUGCAGGACCCCGCCGAGCUGCGCAGUGUGUUUCAGUCUUGAAUGAUGGACCAGGACCUGGUCCAGCAGAGCCAGUCAGAACAUGGCGAGUCCACCAAUGGAAGCACCGCCUCCGACCCGGCGACGCCCACGACCCCUACGACCCCCACGACCCCCACGCCCCCCCGCCUGACCCCUAACCCCAUGCUCCUGGACUCCCCCGCUCCCACGCCGACCCCCACCACGUCGUCCCCGCCCCCGCCCCUCACCCCCGCCCCCUCUGUCUCUGUGGCUCACGCUCCCAAGGCGGCAGCGGCGCCCCCCCACGUCCUCGUGCCCGCCCCCCCAAAACUCACCUCCAACGCCGCCCCCGCCCUCAGGACGUACUCCCGCCCCCUCCUGCCCUCUCCUAAAGCCCCUCCCCCCACACAGCCGUCCUCCUCCUCCUCCUCCGUCACAGCCGCCGCCGCCUCCUCCCUCUCUUCUUCCUCUGCUCCAACACACACCAAGACCUCCUCCGGUCUGACCAAUGGGAGCACGAGGACCGGGACCACGCCCACCUCCACGCCCAUCACGCCCUUCCACACUCCGGCCAGCCCCCCCGGCCGCCAGGGAUCACAGCCCCUCCCCUCCGGGUCACCUGCUCUGGGACGAGCCAAUCAGAGCUCUUCACCUGUCAGACAGAGAGUCUCCCAGCAGACACUGCUGCUGGGGAAAAGUCUCCGAGGGUCUGGACAGGACCAGGUGCUGCUCCGAGCUCAGAUGUUGAUUCUGACAUCUGCUAUGAGACCCACGCAGUCCUCUUCCUCCUCCUCUCCUUCCUCUAAUCCCACCUCUGCUAAGCUCCAGAGCCUCACCCUGAGGCCUCCCCCCCCGGGGGCGCUCGCCAUACCUCCGUCCCUCCGCCUCAAGCCCCCGUCCUCCACCCCGCCCCCCCUCUCCUCCCGCCCCCACACCCCCCUCUUUCCUCCGCUCCGCCCUCGACCGCCGCCCGGCGCCACGGCUCCCCAGAGCUCCGCCACGCCCUGCCGGCACCUGGCUGUCCCCCCUCCAACUCUCUACUCUCCGGUCCGAGCCGUCCCCCUCCGGCCCCGCCAUCUUCCUCCCGGCGCCCACAGGACGCCGUCGCCUCGGCAACCCGCCGCCCUCCAGCCCAUCGCCGCCGCCCCUCCUCCCGCCGCCGCCCCCUCCUCUCAGGCGUCCUCCCCCGCCGCCCGGACCGGCCAAUCGCAGCCCGGCUCGCUCUCCAUGGCCCCCACGCCGUUCGAGCGCUCGCCGUCUGCGGCCAGGCAGCUCCAAAUCAUCGCCCUGUCCUCGGGCCGCCCGCCGCCGGCGCCGCCCGGCACGUUCGCCCACUGCACGCCCGCGCCGGCGCCGCCCGGGCAGCCCGGCCCGGCCAAAAGAAGCGCGAGCGGCGAGAAGGUAGCCACGCCUCCUCUCCCGUCGCCGCCGCCUCCGCCCACCCCGAGAGGAGACGCAGAGGGGCCGAAGGGACCGGAGGGGGGGCAGGGGGGCGGGGGCCAGGACCAGGACCAGGACCGCCUGAAGACUUCAGCUCCGGGAGGAGAAGAGGACGAGCGGAUGGACGUGACGGAGGACGGCCAGAGUCCCAGAGGGACUGACGGAGGCCCGGAGGACGAGGUUCCAAUGGACCAGGAUGAGAACCAGUCCUCAGAUCCUGUCCCAGAUCCUGUCCCAGAUACUAUCAAAGACUCUGAAGGACAGUCUAAACCUCCACCAGAGUCCAUGGUCCAGAGCCAGAGACCACCAGAGUCCAUGGUCCAGAUUCAGAGACCACCACAGUCCAUGAUCCAGAUUCAGAGACCACCAGAGUCCAUGAUCCAGAUUCAGAGACCACCAGAGUCUAUGGUCCAGAAUCAGAGACCUCCAGAGUCCAUAGUCCAGAGUCAGAGACCACCAGAGUCCAUGGUCCAGAAUCAGAGACCACCAGAGUCCAUGGUCCAAAAUCAGGGACCACCAGAGUCCAUGGUCCAGAAUCAGAGACCACCAGAGUCCAUGGUCCAAAAUCAGGGACCACCAGAGUCCAUGGUCCAGAGUCAGAGACCACCAGAGUCCAUGAUCCAGACCCAGAGACCAUCAGAGUCCAUGGUCCAGAGUCAGAGGUCACCAGAGUCUCCGGUCAAGGGUCAGAGACCAGCAGAGUCCACCAAGCAGAGACCAGUGGAGACUCACAGAGACCUGCAGCCUGGUGGACUGGAGGACUUCAGCGAGAACAUGUCGGAUAAUCAGUCAGCCCUGUCCAGCCUCUCCUCCCAGUCCCCCCCCUCCUCGCCCUUCGUCCCCGCCCCGGCGGAAGCUCCGCCCCCUCUCCGCCCCACCGACCUGUCGCACCGUCACACCCGGGGAGCCGGCGAAACACCCGCGGAGCGGAUUCCCGACGCCGGGCCUCCGGGCCCAUCGGGGGACGAGGCCGAGAGCGCGGACCAAUCGGGGAGCGGCCCCUGGGAGGCGGGGGCGUGGCCCGAGGGCCGGCAGGUGCUGACCCACCUGGUGGAGGGGUUCGUCAUCCAGGAGGGGCUGCAGCCGUUUCCUGUCAACCGCUCCUCGCUGCUCGUCCCCGAGCAGGUCGCCACGCCGCCGGAGGUCAACGGGACCAACGGGGGGGCGGAGCCUCCUGCGGCGGCUGGCCGGAAGCAGAGCGAGCGCUCCACCGACUCGGAGGAAGACGGAGGAGAGCCGGACGAGCCGGCGAGCCGGGCGGGGUCGGCCCACCGGGAUCGAACCGUGCUCCACUGUCAGUUCUGUGGGAAACGAGGCCACGCCCACAAUUUCAUGAGGUCAAAGCGCUUCUGCUCAACGUCCUGCGCUCGAGGCUUCAACGUUCGUCUGACGAAGCGUCUUCGAGCUCUGAGCGCCGGCAGCCGCUCAGACAGACCUCGACCCGUCUUGAACCGCGCCGAGUCCGUCCCCGGGAAGCCUCUGCUGCUGCGGCUGCCUCGUGACCUCUGGAGUGCUGGUCGCCGUGACAACGAAGUGAAGGAGAAGCCAGCGGUGAAUGAGGAGGAAGAGGAGGAGGAAGAGGAGGAGGAGCUGCCAGGGGGAGGCGAGGAGGAGGAGGAGGAGGAGGAAGAGGAGGAGGUGGAGGAGGACGGGGAGGGGGACGAGGAGGACGAGGAGGACGAUGACGGAGCAGAGGAGGAUGCUGCUGUUGCCAUGACGACGAGGAUGGAGCACUGGGCUGCACGCAGACCGAGGAGGGCGUCGGCCCCAGCCGUUACCACGACGACGCCCACCAGCACAUUUCAGCCCGCCCCCUCGCAGUGGAGCGUGGAGGAAGUGACUGCCUUCAUACACACUCUGCCAGGCUGCGCCGACGUGGCGGAGGCGUUCCGGCUGCAGGAGAUCGACGGCCAGGCGCUGCUGCUGCUCACCGAGGAUCACCUGAUGACCAGCAUGAACAUCAAGCUGGGCCCGGCGCUCAAGAUCUGCGCCCACAUCAACACGCUGAAGAACCCGUGAGGGGGCGGGGCGGGGGGCGGGGCUGAGGAGGCGUGGCCUCAGCGGGGCUCAGUACCGGGGGGUUUUGUAUCUUUGUGUAUAUUUUCCACGCGGCUGCAGAAGUUGUACAUUUGAAGCUAUUUGAUGAAGGAUUUUGAACAUUUAAUAUAUGAAAUUUGUCUAUUUAGUUUUUUUUAGAGCGUGGCGUGACGCGAGAGCCGCCGUCACGACCGCGUUCCGGACGACUGUAACCAAACGUAGACCGUAAAGAUGUUUUCUAUCUCUGGACGGACUGAAGGCUUCCUGUCUCUCUCUCUCUCUCUCUGGCCUGUGACCUGAAUAAAGGAAGGAUGAAUGGA